AUGGAAAAGUCACACAUCCCAACCUUGGUUCCAUCGGAUACCAAAACACCCUCUGCGGCUGUCAAGCGCAAUCCUACCAACGGUCACAUUACGAACGGAGCUGAAAGAGCAGGAUCAGAACCUGUGGACUCCACUGCCCUGAGCAAAGCACUGAAGGAUAUGGAGGACGCCGGACGAGUAAGAGAGAAAACACCAGGCGCCAGUCCGAGUAGGAAAAGACAAAGAAUAUAUGGUGACAGAUUUAUCCCGAACCGAGAGGGUCAAGAUCUCCAGGCCAGCUUCAGCCUACUACAUGACGAUGCAUCGCCUGCGACACCAUCGAAAGCCAAGAAAAGGACUCCUCACGGAGAGCUCCAUUUCCAGAAAACUGAGGAAGCAAAUCGAACCUUCUCCACUCUUCUUCGAUCCGAACUGUUUGAUAAUACAAUUCCGCAACCAACACCUCCUAGUCUGUCACCUGACCUAACUUCCACCCACUCAACCACUAUCAACGAUCCGUCCAGAUCAAGGACGCCGCCAACAAAUUUUUCAUCCUCAUCACUCCCCACCAGCCUUACACCUUCGACACCCCACAAAAACCUCUUCACGUACAUGUCCCCUCGCCAUCAUACAAAUAUAUCCGGGCACCCAACACCAUCAAGGACGCCACAGAGUCGGCACGGGCCUAAUCUCAACGCACGUUCGGAUCUUUACAGUUUAUCUCCGGUCCGCUUCGAUAGUCAAAGGCUUCUUCUUAGCCCGCGAAAAGCACCCCGAGCAGUCAGCAAGGUUCCGUUCAAAGUACUCGAUGCGCCAGAUCUUGCGGACGAUUUUUAUUUGAAUCUUGUGGAUUGGGGCGGUAGCAACAUUCUCGGCGUAGGGUUGGGCUCCUGCGUCUACAUGUGGAAUUCCACCUCAGGUCGGGUCACCAAACUUUGCGAACUCCAAGACGACAUCGUCACUUCCGUGUCUUGGAUUCAACGUGGCACACAUGUCUCGAUCGGCACAAACAAAGGGCUAGUGCAGAUAUGGGAUGCGGAAAAGCAGCGACGUCUGCGUACCAUGACAGGGCAUACAGCUCGUGUGGGCGCCCUAGCUUGGAAUGACCACAUCUUGACUUCAGGCUCCCGAGACCGCCUUAUUUUCCACCGUGACGUCAGACAGCCAGAUCAAUAUCUGCGAAAACUAGUAGGCCAUAAGCAGGAAGUCUGCGGCUUACGCUGGAACACCGAGGACGGCCAAUUGGCUUCCGGCGGUAAUGACAACAAGUUGAUGGUAUGGGAUAAAUUAUCCGAAACUCCUCUGUGGAAGUUCAGUGAACAUACCGCAGCAGUGAAGGCCAUAGCUUGGUCACCUCACCAACAUAACCUUCUUGCCUCAGGUGGUGGUACAGCAGAUCGUCGUAUCAAAUUCUGGAAUACGUCUACUGGAACCUGUAUACAAGAGCUUGACACAGGGUCCCAGGUCUGCAACCUCGCCUGGUCGAAGAACAGCAAUGAGCUUGUAUCCACGCACGGUUACAGCCAGAACCAGAUAGUUGUCUGGAAGUACCCAAGCAUGACCCAGGUAGCGAGCCUAACGGGACAUACUUAUCGUGUACUGUACUUGGCGAUGAGCCCUGACGGACAGACUGUUGUGACUGGUGCUGGGGACGAGACCUUGCGGUUUUGGAAAUGUUUCGGGAAGAGGGAGCGGGAUGGAGUUGGGAGCGAAGGAGCAGGGGCGAGAAUGGAAAGGUGGGGUGUAAUCAGAUGA